CGAGAUCUGGUAAGUUCUCAAGAUGUUUCUCCCUAUUGCGAUCCUGGCCGUAGCUGUAACCUGCAGCACAGGAAGGGUUAUAGACGUGAGGUCCAAGCAGAGCGCGUGGGAGCUCAGUGGCAAGUUCGAGGGAGACAUCGCCCUUUCUGAAAACCAGCUGAGGAACGGUCUGAUCGGUUCCUCGACCCUCUGGCCCAACGGAAUUGUGCCGUACGUCAUAGAUGACGUAUUCACUGAUAAACAAAAAGCCCACAUUCUGCACGCUAUAGAUGAAUACCACAGCAAGACACCCAUCAGACUGCGUGAAUACAACCCAGAAAAUGACACAGAUUACGUAAAAAUAACAGGGGAGAACUCUGGCUGCUGGUCAUAUGUGGGUCAUCAAGGAAAGGAACAACAACUGAACCUUCAACCCAAUGAACCUGGAGUUGGGUGCUUCCGACUGGGCACAAUCGAACAUGAGCUGCUCCAUGCACUGGGCUUCUUUCACCAGCAGAGUGCUACGGAGAGAGAUGAUUAUGUCACGAUCCACUGGGAAAAUAUACAGGAAGGGACAGAGAACAACUUCAAUAAGUAUAAUGCAAGCACGAUCACCAGUUUUGGAGUUGAGUAUGACUACAAUAGUGUGAUGCAUUAUGGCGCCUAUGCUUUCUCAAAAAAUGGAGAGAUAACAAUUGAAUCAAAGGAUAAGGAUGCCGAAAUAGGACAAAGAGAAGGAUUCAGUGAGAAGGACCUCGAGAAGCUGAAGCUAAUGUAUGCAGAUGUUUGAUAAGAGAUGACAAGUUAUUUCAAUGUGACAACAAAACUUCGCCAACAUGUCAGUGCCCGCAGAGCCACUUAGUAAGAAUGAAAUUCAUGUUAAAAACAUGUAAACUUAAACAUGUCAAAUGUUACUGUCUAUAUUUCUUAUGUUUCCCAAAGUGAACCAGAACAUGAUCACAUUUCAGCUCAUCCCAAACCCCUUCCAUUUUCUGGGACAAUCAAUCUUAUCACUGGUGGGCUCCACAGUGGUAACACAGGCUUGCAUUGCAGUGUUACUGGCUCCCUUGGCCCUGAACACACACAUAAAACGAACACCUAUUGAGCAAGUCAUAUCUAACUCAAGGGACAGUCCUUCUGAAAAAAGCUAACAGUUGCUUAGUUAAUCAAUUAGUUAAGACUAUCAGCAUUUUAUUACACCCGAACAUUCAUGACAGCCCUCCAUUGAUCCCAUCCUGAAAGAGAUGAAUCCAUUCCAUGCUCUCCCAACCUGCUCCUUAAGAUCCAUUCUAAUUUGACCCUCCCACCUACACCUAAGUUUUCUUCACAGUUCCUUGGCUACAGGUCUUCCUACAAAAUUCUAUAUUGACUUUUAUUCUUUCCCAUGCAUGCCACAUGCCCUAUACAUUUCAUCCUUCUUGAUCUGAUCAUUCUAACAAUACCUGGCAGUCUAUCCAAUAUCAUUUGUAGUUCCCUUAACAAUGCUAUCAGUUGCUCAAACUACACAGCAUCAAGAUCUCAUGAGUGAAUAAUAAAUAUCAGAAAACAUGGAAAGAAGGUGUUAUGGUUUAAUUUGUGGUAAAUAUUGUUUCUUGUUCAUCAUCAAGGAAGGGUGAUACAAAUUGUCCUCAUGAUUAGGAAGUUAUUAAAAUCUUCAAAAUAUGACAAGAAUCAGACUCGUCAUACUGAAGACUCUGCUGAACAAACUUGGAAUGACAUACUCUCCGA